AUGGUAGACUUUCUAGAAAAAGUUGGUACUGAUGUCGUAAACUUUUUCCAGGGUGAUAGCUCAUCACCUGCGGAUAUUCCAAUGACCUUUGAACAUGGAUCAUUCGCAAAAGUUAGGGAACAUGUUUUCGCGAAAUGGUAUGUCAAUGGGAAGGACUACUUUUAUGCCGUUUCGGAGGCCAUCUCUAAUGCUAAGGAGGAAAUCUUCAUCGAAGAUUGGUGGCUUUCUCCUGAAUUGUAUCUUCGUAGACCUCCUUAUAAGAAUGAACAUUAUCGACUCGAUAAACUCCUUAAGAGAAAGGCGAAGGAAGGAGUAAAAAUUUAUGUUGUCCUUUACAAGGAACUGGAACAAGCCUUAACUUUGAACUCGAAACAUAGUAAAAAGGUAUUAAUAGAAGAAAUGGAUGGAAAUAUUCUUGUACAAAGACAUCCUGACCAUGGAAUUGAUGGUACCUUCUUUUGGGCGAAAAUUUGUGUCAUUGAUCGCCAUAUCGCCUUCAUUGGUGGAUUGGACUUGUGCUUUGGUCGUUAUGAUACUGGUAAACAUCAACUUGCUGACUUUACUAAAAUAUCAGACUACUGCUCUAUCUGGCCAGGUCAAGAUUAUUCUAACCCAAGGGUCGCCGAUUUUCUUGAAGUGAAUAAAUGGUCUUCAAAAUUAAUUGAUAAAAAUUAUGUUGCACGUAUGCCAUGGCAAGACGUCUCAAUGGGCUUCGUUGGAAAACCUGCACAAGACGUCGCCCAACAUUUUAUUCAGCGUUGGAACUUUAUUAAAAAGAAAAAGAAUGAAAAUAAACCAAUAUACCCUGUUUUGAUUGCAAAGUCCGAUGCUCAGUACCAUCGUGAAUACCUAAAGGAACAUUCCUCACUAAGAAGAAGAUACACUUCUUGUGGAAAAGUCGUAGAAUUACAUCCAGACGAAGGCACUUGUAAUGUUCAAGUUUUGAGAAGUAGUGCAGCUUGGAGUCUCGGUCUUGAAGAAACUGAGCAUUCUAUUCAGAAUGCUUACAUUGAUACCAUUAAAAAUGCUAAGCAUUUUAUUUAUAUCGAAAAUCAAUUUUUCAUUACUGCGACAAAAGAGUCUAAGGAUUAUCCUGUCGAGAAUCUUAUUGGAAAGGCUAUUGUGGAAAGAAUUUUACAAGCUCACAAGAAUAAGGAAAAAUUCAAAGUUAUUGUCGUAAUGCCAUUGAUUCCGGGUUUCCCCGCUGAACUUGAUUCUUCUGAUGCUGGUGUACCUCGCCUUGUCAUGCAUUAUCAAUAUCAGUCUAUCUGUCGUGGAGGUUAUUCUAUUAUCGAAACGCUAAUUAAAUCUGGUUGUGAUAAUCCACAUGAAUAUAUUGGCUUUUAUUCACUUCGAAAUUAUGAUAAAAUCGUUCACCCGGCUGUCAAAUUGGGUCGCGGUGUUCUCGAAGAAGAAAUUGAUGCUGCUCCAAUCGAGCAGGCUUAUGACAAUCCGCAUGUCGAACCAACUCUUAAAAAUUACAAAUAUUCAAAAUCCGACUCAGCUCAUCACCAUAAUCCUCCUCCACGUAUUAAUGAAGAGGAUUGCUCUUAUGUUACCGAAGAGUUAUACAUUCACACAAAACUUUUGAUCGCUGAUGACAGAAUUGUUAUCAUGGGUUCAGCCAAUUUGAACGAUAGGUCGCAAAAUGGUGAUCAUGAUUCUGAGAUUGCAGCUCUUGUCGAAGACAGAAACUACAUAAAAUCUCGUAUGGCUGGAAAAGAGUGGGAAGCUGGAAAAUUUGCUGCCACACUUCGUCGUCACCUCUUCAAGCAACAUAUUGGUUUAGAAAUCAAUGAAAGUCAUGAAGAAGUGAACAAUCACUCUCAUCCACCACCUAUUGAAGCAGAUUACCCUGUUGAUCACCUUAGUCAUGCAGAUAGAAUUGUUGAGGAUCCUGUCUCAGAUGAAUUUUAUAAAAAUCAUUGGCAUCAUACUGCUUCUCAAAAUACUGAGAGUUUCCGUAAAGUGUUUCAUUGUUAUCCAGAUGAUACUGUUACAAACUGGGAUGAAUUUAAAGCAUUUGUUCCGGAUCGUACCAAGGUUCCACUCGGACACUUAACUGAAUCGUCCAAACGAAAUAUGGAACAAACCAAAGCAGAGUUAAACAAGAUCAAAGGCCAUUUGGUUUUAUUCCCAUUGAAUUUCCUAAGGGAUGCAACGUUGUCCGGUUCUGUCGUAUUUGAUGCAGUUACUCCUAUGGAAUUAUUUACUUAA